CGUUUCCCAAACUUGUCAUUGUCGAAAACACUUGUUGCCAAACCGUAAUAAUUAUAAAAAAUAAUACCAUGUUGUUUUUCCGUUGGUUUCUUAUGUGUUUCGUUUUCACUGAUAAUAUAAUUGUGUAUCUUAAUAGAUUUGUAGUAAAUUGAGAAGUUAAUUAUAGAUAUGGGUAUAAAAUUUUUGGUGUACGCGUGCGGGCGAUGGCGGGAAGUACGCCUCGACGGUCGCGUAUGCGGUUGGGGCGGCCGGCCACGGUUCAUGCGCAUGAAACGCGGCAAAUUGUGUUUAGUGAGCCAGGCGGCGGUGCUGCGCGGGCUGCGGGCGCUGGCGGCAGGCCAGCCCACCACAAUCACGGACGGACCGCCUCUACCACACCUCAGACAUGAUCCUCACGCCAAGGAGCCGCCCAGCCCCAAGCGUGAGCAUGUGCAUGGAUGCUGCCAUGCUGCCCAGUGCUGCCGGGGCACAAAUGCACACAAACAGCCGCCGUCGGUGCGGGAGGUCAGCUCGGCGACCACGCAGCCCGCCAGCGUCGAACCCGCUACCACCGAAACCAGCACCAAGCCUGCCAGUACUGAGCCAGCGGCGCCCCUCGCGGUCUCUUCUGGAAACAAUAUAGACUCCACACCACACCUAGCCAAAGAUACAGUGACAACAAGUGAUAAACAGACAGAAACUACAAAAAGUCGCGGCGCGAACAAAUCAGAAAACACUAAAACCGCGUCCCCUCAAAAGAAAUCAUCUGGUAACCGUGGCCGCAAGCGUCGGCGGUCGACGUCGAGCUCGUCGACCGCGGGGGGCGGCCUCGAGGAGGUCGUGCGCAGGAGACAGCCCAAGAGGAAAGUGGUGGUCGCCAGCAGCGACUCGGAGCCGACGCCGCCACCCUACACCACGCAGGACUCUAGUGCGGAGGGUGGGGACGCCUCCUACAAGGAGGUGACCAUCGACCUGGAGGACCUGCAAAUGUUGCGCGACUUCCUGGAACGCGACAACGUGUGGGGCGUCGACCUCCACGAGUACGACACCAGCGAAAACUACAAGAUGAAAGUGCUGUUCAACAUCACUCCGCUGGUGAUGGUGGCGCGGUGUCCCCGCAUAGCGGAGAUGUUGCGGCGUGGGGCGCCCCGCCUGGACUCGUUCGCGGCCCGGCUGGGGCUGCAGCGCCGUCGCGGGGACUCCGACGGGGACAAGGAGAACCGGCUCGCGACCCGGGGACGCGGUCAGUUAAGUAGAAACGGAAGCAGCAGAACUGCCGCCAAACAUACCGAUGACGAAGGUGACGUUCAAGAUAAAAUAAAGAAUAGAUUGAGACCGUCCACGACGGCCAAUAAGAAGGACGCGCAUAAUAAUAGUGACAGAGCGGGUAGAUCACAGACGACCGCCGAAGUCGAUAAGGGUGGUGGCAGAAGUAAUAAAACACGGAAGCAAAAGAGAGGCAGUAGCGGUGAAUUUGAUACUAACAGUAACAAAGUGAGCAGAAGAACAGCGAAGCGGCAGGAGCAGAGGGGCAGCAGUAGUGAGUUUAAAUCGAAAGUACCGCGGUAUGACAAUAAUGUGGGCAGUGACAGCGAGAGUGAAGUAGAGAGACAGAAGAGGAUGAGUGUACACAACGUGAAACACAGUAAUGGUGCACCGAAGUUGGAGCAGAGGCGACCUGAUGUUAAAUACGGCGGUCCGCGCGAGUACUCGCCGCUGGAGGACCACGCCAUAGUGGCGUGGAUCAACAACGGAGCCCGAGCCAGGAGAGUCAACGGGAACCUGGUGUGGCGCGAGCUGGAGCCGGCCUACCCGCGCCUCACGGGCCUCGAGCGGUCGUGGCACUCUCUCCGCAACCGCUACCUGCGGCACGUGCUGCCCGCGCUCCACACGCUGGCGCUGCCCCCGGACCAGGCCGCCAGGCUGCGGGCGGCCGCACACCACGGUACGUACACACACGCACACACACACACACACACACGCACGCACGCCGCCACUCGGGCCCUACCCACUAGCGGAACAACAACGUUUCUAGUAUCUUCACCGCGCAGCAACUUUCUUACUUUUAAAAAACUCAGAGAUUAACGAAGAAAGAUUAAUCCGUGAAAGUACUAGGAGAAAAGAUCUGCAGUCCCAAAUAAUUCUUAAAUUAUUACAUUUAAAUAAUAAGACAAUAUAUUAAAUAUGGAUUUCUCUCUUGUGCUCUUAAAUAUACAAUAGUCAGUAUUUUGGCGCCAAAGUUAUUUCACUUUUUUAAUAUAAACUAAAGGCAACGGAAAAAAACCAAACAGUUAUGUUUAUAUUAUUACAAUCAGGGGCGCACCGACCUAAGGGCUUUUUUCCCUGCAGUCCAGUGCCCCGAGGAUACAAAGGGCCCCCAGUCCCCACUGAAACGAUAUUUAGAAAAUAAAAAAAUAUCUAGAAUGUUAAAAAACCUAUCAUAAGGUUGGCAACCCUGAGAUCAAUCAACCCAUGCAGGUGCGCGUCUAUCAAAAGAAACGGGGAAUUUCUGGUCGCUUGUUUUUGGUCGGUGUAUAUAUUUAGUUGAGUGAUAUAAUAAAAUAGGGCCCUAAGUAUAAUUUAGCCCGGGGCCCUAAAAUUCAUGAUCCGCCUCUGAUUACAAUUAACAAAUUGAUAAUAAUUAUAAUAAAUCCCACUUUGAAUAUUGUUCAAAUUGGGAUACUUAAC